UUGGUUUGGUUAGGAUAAAAUCGAUGUUAGUCGUUAGUGAGCAGUUCUGUUGGAAUCAUGGCAGAAGUUCGGCUUUAUGAUUCAACAAUUUGUCGGUUAUGUGCCGAAGAUAAUGGCAAUGGAGAAUUACUCUACAUAGAAGAUAGUGAUGAUCCAGACUUAAGUUCUAUGGUCAAUCGGUACUUGCCGCUCAAGAUUCGAGAUGAUGGCAAGUUACCACGCACCAUUUGUCCUGGUUGUAAUAUCCAACUGGAAGCUACAAUACAGUUCUUUGAAUUAUUGGUGGAUGGUCAAAAGAAAAUUCGUGAGAUGUGGAAGCAUCAAGUAGAACAACAACGUAAAGCUGAACGAGAACGUGUUCGUGCUGAAAAAGAAAACACUGAAAUUGGGACAGAUACAUCACAAUUAGAUAAUAUUUUAAGAAUCAAUGAAGAAGACCAAUUUGAACAACAAAUUAUAAUAAAAAUAAUGCCAGAUGGCUCUAUGUAUGCUGCAGAACAUGAAAUGAGUUUACAAAUGGAAGGAUUAAAUAAACCAAAGCGGAAAAGAGGGCGACCACCAAAAUCACAUACAGAAAACAUAUCUAUGGAAUUAACAAAAGGAGAAGCACUAGAAGGAGUCAGUCAAGAAGAAGAAGAUAAACAUGAAGAAGAAACAGAUGAUGUAGAUGGUGAUGGGAGACGUCGUAGAAAGCGUAAAGUUCCGAAAAGAUAUAUGGAAGCAGUUCAAGGUAAAGAGUUAGAAAGAAUAUAUAAGGAAGAAGGAGUAAUUGAUGAAGAAGAUGAUGAUGAACCUGAUAAUUUUGAAGAUUCUGAAGAACAGUUAAAUAUGUCUGUUCCUGAUAGCCAUGAAGAAAUAAUUGGUCACCUAGAAUCUGAAGAAGGAAAAGAUCUUGGAGAAUUAGUAAUAGUAAAUCGGGGAAGAGGACGGGGGCGACCAAAAUUGCGACGUAGAAGAAAUAAAUUUACAUGUCAGUUAUGUGGUCGAGGAUUUCUUCAACGUAGCAGAUAUAUUGUACACAAGAGUUUUCAUAAGGGGAUAAAAUAUGAAUGUUCAGAAUGUAAAAAAUUAUUUACAAGUAAAGAAAACUUAGAAUUGCAUCAAAAAGCAACUCAUCAUACUGGUGAUGAUACUAAUCAAGAUUUUGAUAUUAAUCAAGAUUCUAGCCUUGAAUCAAAACGUCAUUUAUCUGAAGAUAAUAUUUCUAAUGUACUUGAUCAAGCUUUGACUGAAGAACAAGAUACAAAUAAAUUUUCAAACUGUUCUAAUGAUAUCCAGAAAAAUUUUUCAUGUGAACAAUGUAAAAAGUUGUUUGAAACAAAGGAAGCAUAUGACUUACAUUUGAAAAUGGUUCAUGACCAUGAUAAAUUAUUCAUUUGCACAAUUUGUAAUAAAAAUUUCACUCAACAGACAGCUUUAAAACAUCACAUGUCGAUACACGAGAGAAGCAAAUUAGAGAAAGAAUAUCCAUGUGAUAUUUGUGGAAAAGUACUCAAUCAUCCUAGUUCUGUAGUAUAUCAUAAAGAAGCAGAACAUAAUAAUGGUCGUCGAUUUGUUUGCAAUAAGUGCGGAAAAAGCUUUAAACAUAAACAAUUAUUACAACGCCAUCAACUUGUUCACUCUGAUGACCGACCUUAUAUUUGUAAAUCUUGCAAUGCCAGUUUUAAAACAAAAGCAAAUUUAAUCAACCAUCAAUCUACACAUACUGGUGAAAAAAAAUACUUUUGUGAAAUUUGUGGACAACAAUUUGCACAUAAAACUAGUCUUACAUUACAUUACAGGUGGCAUACAGGGCAUAAACCAUAUACAUGUGAGGUAUGUCAUAAAAGUUUUUCACAAAAUGGAAAUUUGCAAGAACAUAUGCGAAUACAUACAGGAGAAAAACCUUAUUGCUGCGAUUAUUGUGGUCGAAAGUUUACCACUUCUUCACAAUUUAAACUUCAUGUUAAACGACAUACUGGUGAGCGUCCUUGGAAAUGUGAAUUUUGUGCAAAAUGUUUUCUGCAUAAAGAUACGUGGAAAUGUCACGUGCGUAGACAUAAAGGAGAGCGUCCUUUUCAGUGUGCUCACUGUAAUCGAGGUUUUACAGAACAAUGGGCUUUAAAAAAACAUCUUCGUCUGCACACUGGCGAAAAGCCUUAUUCCUGUGAUGUAUGUGGAAAAGCAUUUGCAGACUGUUCAAAUUUAACAAAGCAUAAAAAAGUACACAGAGAAACUAAACUUUCUGCUAUAAGUGAAAUAGAAGGAUCUCCAAUUGGAGAAGUUUGGCAGAUUUUACCGAGUUCUCAAGAAUCUGAUGAACAUUCAUUAACUGAUCAAAUGGCACAGGUUAUUGCAACAGAUGAUACAUCUGGAGAUGGUAUUCAACAAAUUAUAUAUGUUUCAUAUCAAGAUCCAGAUGAUCCUAAUCAAUCUCGGACUUUACAUUUCGUUGACGCUGGAAUGAUAAGAAGUAAAGAGGAGAAAACAAACGUAAAUCAGUCAUUAUCACAUUUAAGUGUGGACAAUGAUGGAAUGCUUUCUAACCCAACUCAUGUUAAUGGUAGUAGUACCUCAAAUGAACGAAUAAAUAUGGAAAUUUCAGAAUCUGAUCUUCAACUUCAGAUUACAGAUGAAGAAGGUAACCCAAUACCUCUUUCAAUUCAAGAUGCACGACAGCUCUUAUCACAGAGUCAAUUUGUUAAUCAACUUAGUGAUGGUCAAGAAAUUAGAGUUCAUCCUGGUGUGAUUCCAGAUGAAUUAACAGGACCAUUAAGUGUACAUGUUAAUCAAAAUUCUGACAUAAAGGAUGUUGACAUUUCUAAUACAGUAGAAACAAAAGUAAAAAGUAUUUCAACUGUACAAACAGAUGCAGAAGCAAUUGUAAAAGCAUUACAGGAUGAAGAUACAGAUGCAAAUGCUGUUGCAACGAUUAAUCAAAUGGAAGAAUCGGAACAAUCAACGAUCGCUGAAAAUGAACAGGCUAUAGAAUUCACAACACAAGAUGGUCAGAAAGUUCGUUUAGUUACUUCUUAUCACGUCGAUCCAAUGCAGCUUGCUUCUGAGUACCUGACUAUUGUAUAA